AUGGACGAGUCUGGGGGCGACGGCAAAUUCACUGGCCACGUGCGCGCUUGUCACUACGUGAUGAAUGUGAAUGAGCGGCGGAACAAGCUGCAGCGCGCGCUCAGACAGAUCGUCGAGAGAGAGCUGGAUGUCAUCCCAGGUGCGCCGCCCCAGUGCUUCGUGGAGCGUUCGCGGGAGCUGAUCAGGAGAACGCGCCUUGUUCGCACGCAGCUGUACCGGGCCAGGAUCGACGAGUUCGGGGAGAGUCUCGUUCCGAUCCGCCGUGGGAAGACCGCCGAGAAGGCAGUUCCGAAGCUUUUAGAUAUGUUGAACGGAGACUUCCGUCGGGCACCAGUCACCCAUUAUUGCAGCGGUUGUUGCCGGAACGAGGACGGGGUGACAACUCGCGAGCAGCAGGUGGACAACGUCGUCGCGGCCAUCGCGGGCGCCGGCCUCUUCGGCGGGGCGCCCCGCGCUGCUCCAGCCAAAUCGCGGCGGCUGUCAGUCUACGAUUGCCUAG